GUGGACGCGACGCUUCUUACACACAGCAACAGUUAGACAGCCACCUCCGUAGCUUGCUAGCCAAACCGAUACAGCUCGUUAGACGCUUUCGUGUAUAUUAGCCACUAUGUUUUAAACCCAUGUCUGUUGUCUAGUUAGUUAUCCCAUUUAAUGUAAUAUUUACUGUGUUGUUAUUGGUAAACUAGCUGGCUGGUUAAAUUAGCACUAUCCUAGCAAGCAAGCUGACAUCGCCAUGACCUCACUAAGCUACUCUCCAACUAUUAAAGAAGAGGUCUGCUGGACGGAGAAGGAGGAUGCUGUUCGAGUGAAAGAAGAAGAGAAAGAAGUUACAGUAAAAGAAGAGGGAGACGCGUUUAGAGUGAAAGUGGAGGAGGAAGUUACUGUGAAAGAAGAGGAGCAAGAGGAGGAUGGAGUUGUCGGAGUGAAAGAAGAGAAUAGGGAGAUGACUGUCACAUCGAAAAAGGAAGAGGAAACUGGAUAUCUGGGCUCGUUUUCCCAAAGUGGUCUUAAGGCAUCCUAUGGUUCUACCGAUGAAGUUAGCCUUAAAAUGCGUUUGGGAAAAUCGGCCCAGAUUAACACUAGAGAGAGAUUUGACUAUCGUGGAUCCUCUGUAGCGCCUCAACAAUAUCAUGACGCUGACGAGGCAGAGAAGAGUCUCUCCACAUCAGAACACCUCAAGAAAAACCAGGGGAAACCCACAGGGAAGAAAUCUCACCGAUGCUCCGACUGUGGGAAGAGUUACUCAAGAUCAGAUUCACUAAAGGUACACCAGAGAAUUCACAAUGGAGAGAAACCUUAUACCUGUGAUCAAUGUGGGAAGAGUUUUGUUACAUCUAGCCGUCUGACUAUACACCAGAGAACACAUACAGGAGAGAAGCCAUAUAGCUGUGAUCAAUGUGAGAAGAGUUUUGUUACGUCUAGCCAUCUGACUAUACACCAGAGAACACACACAGGAGAGAAAUCUUACCAUUGCUCUGACUGUGGAAAGAGUUACUCAAGAUCAGAUUCACUAAAAGUACACCAGAGAAUUCACACUGGAGAGAAACCUUUUAUCUGUUAUCAGUGUGGGAAGAGUUUGAAUGAUCCAAGCAGCAUGGAAACACACCAGGGAAUUCAGGCUGGAGAGAAACCUCAUUGCUGCUUUGAUUGCGGGAGGAGAUUCACCCCUUCAGAGGACCUUAAAAAAUGUCAGAGAAUUCAUACAGGAGUGAAACCUUAUAACUGUUAUCAAUGUGGGAAGAGUUUUACUGAAUCUAGACAGCUGACAAUACAUCAGAGAGCACACACAGGAGAGAAACCUUACCCCUGCCCUAACUGUGGAAAGAGUUUUGUUUCUUCAGUACAUUUAAAAUCACACCAGAGAACACACACUGGAGAGAAGCCUUAUAGCUGUAAUCAAUGUGGGAAGAGUUUUACUCACUCAAGCUGCCUGAUGGUACAUCGGAGAACACACACAGGAGAGAAACCUUAUAGCUGUAACCAAUGUGGGAAGAGCUUUGUUACAUCUAGCCGUCUGACUAUACACCAGAGAACACACACAGGAGAGAAGCCUUAUAGCUGUGAUCAAUGUGGGAAUAGUUUUACUACAUCUAGCCAUCUGACUAUGCACCAGAGAACACACACAGGAGAGAAGCCUUAUAGCUGUGAUCAAUGUGGGAAGAGUUUUACUACAUCUAGCCAUCUGACUAUUCACCAGCGGACACACACAGGAGAGAACCCUUAUAGCUGUAAUCAAUGUGGGAAGAGAUACACUGGUAGAAAAUCUCUGAUUAAACAUCAGAAAAGACAUAUAUGAGGAAAUUGUACCAUGAUUUCAAUUAAAUAAUGUCACAAUGUAGAAUGUUUUUAACAUUGUAGUAGGAGUAUUUUAAUGUCACAAUGUAUAACCCUAAACGUUUGCCCCCCCCCAUUCUAUUGAUAUUAGCCUCAUAAGGGCAAAAAACAGGCUCUGAAUUGAAAGAGCACUAUUUAUGUGAUUAACAAAGAAAGUGUUGCGUUACACUUACCGUGUUGGGACCCACUUGAAAAAAAAUGCAACACCUCAAAAUGUAGCUAGAUGUUUUCUACAAAUUGUCCUCUAACCAGUGAUGUAAGCAUUAUUCCCAGAUUCCAUGUGGUUUUCGAGCUGUUAGUUUUAACAGGACAUUUAACCUCAUCUCCCCCCUCUCAUGCAACUGAUUUCAAUGUGAUAUCUAUAUGAGUGAUGACAUAAGUGUUGCAUAUCUCCUCAUUUUUGCGACCCCUACAUUUAAACGCAUUACUCCAAAAUGUUGCGGACUGAAAUUCCACAAAUGAACUUUUAACAAGGCACACCUGUUAAUUGAAAUGCAUUCCAGGUGAAGCUGGUUGAGGGAAUGCAAAGCUGUCAUCAAGGCAAAGGGUGGCUACUUUGAAGAAAUUCAAAUAUAAAAUAUGUUUUCUAUAUGUGUUAUUUCAUAGUUGUUGUGUCUUUACUAUUAUUCUACAAUGUAUAAAAUAGUAAAAACAAAGAAGAACCCUUGAAUGAGUAGGUGUGUCCAAACUUUUGACUGGUAUUGUACGUUCACUUUUGGUUGAUAGUGAAAGUUGAAAAUACACAUGUUUCAGUUUGUUAUUUCAAUGACUUGAAAACAUCUUAAUUUCAAAAUAUUUGCAGCUUAUACACAUGGACAGAGUAUUAUUUAUUUACAACAUUCAAGUGCUAAUUGUAUUUAUUCCUCUUCUGAAGAAGCGUGACUCAAAUCACCUACUCAUGUCAAACAUCCAGCGUGGCAAAAUAUAUAUAUUUCGUAUUAUUCCAUGCCUCACCAUUAAGGGAAUUCUUGCCAAUACCUAUUAACAAAGGGGUAUACAUUUGGUUUUGAUAUGUCAUAUUUACAUUUCAUGUAACAUUUGGUCAUCUUAAUUAUUCAUGCAACCAACUUUUUACAAGUAUUUUGUUUACAAACAAUGGAGUAAAACAAACUUAUAUUUUGGGUUGGACAUUGCAUCCUAUUCUUAUUAUUUUAGCUAAUGGCAUUUCCUGCUCAUUAGUCUUUCAGUUUUUAUCGUUAUUCUUUAGUUUUUUAUCCUCUUAUGUUUGUUGUGUAGUAAAUAUUUCAGUUCUUUUUUGAUUUUUCUAUGAAGUGCAUUGUGUUGCAUCCAUGUCUGAAAUGUGCUAUAUAAAUAAAGCAUAAGUUAAUUUUAACAUAUUGCUAAAAAUGGAACC